UGCCCGUGGAGCUAGAAAGUUGAAAAACGUUUUUUGCCCUUCAAGACCACUCUAUGGCACUCUCUCCCCUGACCUCACACCAGCCCAACCCCCCUGAUGUACACCUCUUUGGCUACAUAAUUUCAACAAUAUGCGUGCAUUGAACGUUCGCCCACCGCCCUCGGCACCCCACCCCUCGUUGCCCCACGAACACCACCACAAUCUACGAAAACGAAAUCAGACAUAAAAACAUUAAAUUACAAACCCUUAUUUGCCACACACACACACACACACACUAAAAAAAGGAAGGAAAAAAGCCGGCAAUCGUAAGGCGAAACAGCCAAAACUGAAACUGAAACUGAAGCAGAAUCAGCGUAGCUGGAAUCGAAGUAGGAAUCGCAGGACUCAAGGACGUGAGGCGAACACGGGGCGAGUUCUCUGCCACCGAAUCGACAAGGGAUGCAAAAGCGAGUGCCUGAUAUUAACCCUCCGCUGCACGGCUGUGUGUUUGCAUCUGUGUGUGUGCGAGUCUCAGAGGUGUGUGUGUGUGUGUGUGUGUGUGUGUGUGUGCGAAAGUGCCCCAGUGUUGGUGAGCCUUUGUGCGAUGUGUUUGGGUUUUCGCCGUGCUUGUCAAUCCCGUCGUGCCAAAACAAACGCAACGAACAUUCUCGCCGAUUAGAAGGAAGAACGGUCCGUGAGUGCAACGCGAGCGGAGGCCAGGCGCUCCGUCCGACGAUUCCGCGUAUUUUCGAUUAUUCCGACUAUUGAUAAGGCCGGCGGUUACGUAGAAAUUAACCUUAUAAAUAUUUUUUACUGGAAUCGGAUCGAUGCAAAGAAAUUAUCGCGAAUACUCGGAAUCUGUGCCAGCGAACUCAAGUCAAACUCAAUCUUUUCUGCCGGCCGCCUUUGUUAUUGUUUGCCUGCUGGAAUAGUUCUUUGAGUGGGUGUGUUCGCGAGAGUGUGUGAGUGUGAGUGCGCGUGUGUCUGUGCGUCAGCGCAAAUGGCAGUGCGCAUCUUUGUUUACCCACCAAAUCCGAGGCUCUCGUAGAAGAGAAGUAGUGGCAGUGAAAGCGGCGCCAAAAUCUUAGUCUAGUGCUUUUCCGGCCGAAACAAUGAACAAUUCGUUUGAUAAUUUGCAUGCCGAUAGCAAUAGUCGAGUCAGCAACAACAAUGGCAGCAGCAACUCCAACACCAACACCAACACCAUCGAUGGACCCAAUAAUGACGGCGAGUCGGACGAGGAGGUCAUCGAGGGCAUGGCGCUGCUGGAGGGCAACUACCAAGUGCUGCGUCAGUGGGUGCCUCCCGCCCCCAACUAUUGGGAUGCGCCCCCCAAGGCCAUCAUCAAGUCCGCCGAAGUCAGUGAUACGUCGCUACGGAUUCGAUUGCACCAGCAGACCGCUCUAACGGUCCAAUUCAGCAGCAGCACUUGUCGCCACGGCACUUUUCAAUAAAAGUGCAGUUAUUUGCAACGCACUUUUAUGGCCACACAUGCGAUCCGAGCCCGAUCGAUCUGGACUGGGCGGGUCCCACUCCAACUGCCCCAACAAGACCCGUGUCCGGCCGAUGGAAAUCUCAAUGGAUUUGG